AGGAGUUUUUAUUUUCAUUAUAAACUACAGCUCUUGUGUGGAGGUGUUCCAUACAUGACUGCUGCAUUUCACCACAUUGUAUUAGACAUGUUAAUGAAAAGAGUGCAGACUUACCAAUUCUACAAAAUAAACUUCUCUGCAGGUUAAAGUCAGUGGUAAGGUAGUGCUGCUAAUGGAGCCUCAUGACUGCUGACUCGUGAUUCUAAUCUGCAGGUCCUUACAGAGAGCAAGGCAGGAGCGGCUUUGUGCAGAAAUGGCAGCAAACACUUCUCCUCUGGAGGCAGAUCUUUCCUGUGCUGUGUGCUGUGAGAUUUUCAAGGAUCCCGUAACUCUUCAUUGUAACCACAGCUUCUGUAAAGCAUGUCUUUAUCUGUGCUGGAAAGAGAAGAGAGCUCGGGAGUGUCUCGUGUGCAGAACGAGGAGUUCAAUGGAGGAGCUUCCUGUGGAUUUCAAGCUCAGGAAUAUUGUGGAGUCCUUCUUAAAGGAACGCAGUCAGAAUCCUCCAGCACCUACUGGAAUACUCUGCAGUCUGCAUGAGGAAAAACUGAAGCUGUUCUGUGUGGAUGAUAAAGAGGCUGUCUGUGUUGUGUGUCAAACUUCAAAGAAACAUGAGAAUCACAAGCUCCGUCCUGUUCAGGAGGCUGCACAGGAUUAUAAGGGAGAACUCAAGACUGCGCUGAAGCCCUUGCAGGACAAGCUGAAAACCUUUAAUGAAGUUAAAAACGAAUGUGAUGAAACAGCAGAGCACAUCAAGAAACAAGCCCAGCAAACAGAGAGGCAGGUAAAGGAGGAGUUUGAGAAACUUCACCAGUUUCUACGAGAUGAAGAAAAGGCCAGGAUAGCUGCACUGAGGAGGGAAGAGGAACAAAAGGGAAGAAUCAUGAAAGAGAAGAUUGAAAAACUUACAAGAGAAAUCUCAUCCCUUUCAGACACAAUCAGAGAGAUAGAAGAGGAGAUGGAAGCUGAAGACAUCUUCUUCCUGCAGAAGUACAAAGACACACAGAGAAGAGACGAGUGCACACUGCAGGAUCCACAGUGUGUUUCAGGAGCGCUGAUAGAUGUAGCCGAGCACCUGGGCUCUCUGAAGUACAAAGUGUGGGAGAAGAUGCUGGGGAUUGUUCAAUACACUCCAGUGACUCUGGAUCCCAACACAGCACACCCUAGACUGAUACUGACUGAGGAUCUAACAAGUGUGAGUCUCAACAAGGAGAGACAGCAGCUUCCUGACAACCCAGAGCGGUUUGAUUUCUGGCCUUGUGUGCUGGGCUCUGAGGGGUUCACUUCAGGGAAACACUGCUGGGACAUCGAACUGGGGAGCAAUACUGACUGGGCUCUGGGUGUGACUAAAGUGUCCAGCAAGAGGAAAGGGAAAUUCUCUACAAGCCCAGGAGCAGGAUACUGGAUUAUAUCCCUGGAGAAGGGGGAGUACAGGGCAUUGACCUCACCACCGACACGACUCACUGUGGAGAAGAAACCCCAGAAGAUCAGAGUUCAGCUGGACUGUGACGGGGGGGAGGUGGCAUUCUUUGACUCCAGUGAUAUGAGAAAACCUCUCUACACUUUUAAACACAGAUUUACUGAGAGAAUGUUUCCAUGGUUCUGUUCUGCUGCUCUCAGAGUGUGCCCUGUGAAGACAGUUAUAAAAAUGGACUACAUUUGUGGAUCAGUGCUGGAAAGAGAAGGAAACUCGGAUCGUCCACCCAAUUUCACGCUCAGGAAUAUUAUGGCUUCUAAAGCACAUACUGGAAUACUCUGCAGUCUGCAUGAUGAGAAACUGAAGCUCUUCUGUGUGGAUGAUAAAGAGGCUGUCUGUGUUGUGUGUCAAACUUCAGAGAAACAUGAGAAGCACAAGCUCCGUCCUGUUCAGGAGGCUGCACAGGAUUAUAAGGGAGAACUCAAGACUGCGCUGAAGCCCUUGCAGGACAAGCUGGGAUCCUUUAAUAAAGUUAAAAACGAGUGUGAUAAAACAGCAAAGCACAUCAAGAAACAAGCCCAGCAAACAGAGAGGCAGAUAAAGGAGGAGUUUCAAAAACUUCACCAGUUUCUACGAGAUGAAGAAAAGGCCAGGAUAGCUGCACUGAGGAGGGAAGAGGAACAAAAGGGAAGAAUCAUGAAAGAGAAGAUUGAAAAACUUACCAGAGAAAUCUCAUCCCUUUCAGACACAAUCAGAGUGAUAGAAGAGGAGAUGAAAGCUGAAGACAUCAUAUUCCUGCAGAAGUACAAAGACACACAGAGAAGAGCCGAGUGCACACUGCAGGAUCCACAGUGUGUUUCAGGAGCGCUGAUAGAUGUAGCCGAGCACCUGGGAUCUCUGAAGUACAAAGUGUUGGAGAAGAUGCUGGGGAUUGUUCAAUACACUCCAGUGACUCUGGAUCCCAACACAGCACACCCUGCCCUGAUACUGUCUGAGGAUCUAACAAGUGUGAGACUCAGUGAUGAGAAACAGCAGCUUCCUGACAACCCAGAGCGGUUUGAUCCCUAUGCUUGUGUGCUGGGCUCUGAGGGGUUCACUUCAGGGAAACACUACUGGGACGUGGAACUGGGAAGCAGUACUUACUGGUAUCUUGGUGUGACUAAAGAGUCCAGCCAGAGGAAUGCGAUAUACCCCUGGAACCCAGAAGCGGGAUACUGGGUUAUAUCCCUGGAGGAUGGGGAUCAGUACUGGGGAUGGACCUCACCACCGACACGACUCACUGUGGAGAAGAAACCCCAGAAGAUCAGAGUUCAGCUGGACUGUGACGGGGGGGAGGUGGCAUUCUUUGACUCCAGUGAUAUGAGAAAACCUCUCUACACUUUUAAACACAGAUUUACUGAGAGAAUGUUUCCAUGUUUCUGGACUCUCUGUUCUGCUCCUCUCUGUGUGUGCCCUGUGAAGACAGUUAUAAAAGUGGACUAGCCCAAUGUGUUCAGCAUAAACAAUAGUUAUGUGUAAUAAUAAUAAUAAUAAUAAUAAUAAUAAUAAUAAUAAUAAUAAUAAUAAUAAUAAUAAUAAUAAUAAUAAUGACUAUCUAUUAAUAUUGAAAAUGAACGGAAACAUUUUAAAUAGAAAAUGAUGAUCAAAGUGACAUAUGUAACGAUGUUUAGAAAACUAUUAAAUAUAUUCUAACAGAACAUGUUCACCCUCCUCCACCCUUCUCCCUCGUCACGUGACGCAGGUGUUUGGUCUGAGCGCCUCGAAUCCAUGUAGAAAUUACAAAAACUAGAACAUCAACUGGUUAAAGAACAACACUGAAUAAAGAAUAUGCAUUCUGGAAUAAUAUUCAAUUAAACACAAUGCUCUAUUGAUGUAUUAUACCAGCUACAGCUUUGCAAGCUCUGUAAAUAAUAACUCCCUCAAUGUUGAAUGAAUGAAUGAAUAAUGAUUGCUGGGAUGGUCAGCGGCGUUGUUGAAUCGAUCAGGAUAUUGUAUCAUUUAAUUGGUAAAUGUAUCGCUGUAAUAACUUGGAAGCUGCACAUUGUGAUCGUGUGGAUGUGUGUCUUUUGUGGUCGCUGUGAAACGGUCCCGCAAAUCACUGCUCCCGGAUCACAAAGGAUCGGUUCGCUGCCCUCCCUUUGAUUUAAUGAA